GUGUAGCCUCUGUGACUGGCUGAGCUCGUACUGUACCCACGCCCGUACCAGUUCUGACACCUGUAAGACAGUCAGACAGAGGAUAUUUCUCUCCAAUCACUCACACAUAUACACCCUUCAGUCUGUGCCUAUACAUCUUUCAACUGCUCUGUCUACCUGUGUGGGAUUCUCUAGUGCAUUUUGGAGACCAUCUUUUGGAGACACUAUCCAGUGAAGGACCUAAAGGAACCAGCCAGUGGUGAAAACAGAGGAACCAAGAGAGAAACGAUUACCAAAGACCAACUAUGUCAAAAGAGGUGGACCGAGCGUCUGUGUUCAAGACCACCAAGGUUCGAACCAAGUUGAAGGGCGAUGGCAGCUGGUUACAGAGACAGAGUGAAGCCCAGGCUGAGGAGCAGGAGGAGAAACCAUGGAUGGCAGAAGUGAAAGCAAAUCGUCUGAACGGAGCUCCUCCCGAGACCAGCCCGGUGUCUUCUCCUACAUCUCCCUUCCCCGCCCCACCUGCCCCCGCUAGAGCGCCAACUUCAGGAUACCUUAUCAGAGGGGUUUUCACUAAGACAGACACCAUGCCCUCCACGCCCUCCACUCCCAAUGGCAGCGGUCCAACUUCCACCUUCACCAAGAAGCCUUCUGAGAGCUACAAGAAAAUAGCUCCUCACACAGUGCGGCCCGCCUCAGACAUCAGAGUUAACACUGAGGACAGCCUUUCCCCAGAGGAGAAGGCCAAACGAGAGGAAGCAGCCAGGAAUGUGUUCAAAUCCUCCUCAGGCCGACAACGCUCCUAUGUCCUUUCAGCUGCCAAGAAAUUUGAUUCUACUGAAAAACCUCCAGAAACCAUUCCAACCACAUGUGUACCAUCUUUUGUGGCUAAAAGGGUGGUGAUCACUGAUGACGAUGAUAUCUUCACCAAGACACCUUCUGCCCCUAAAGAAUCUUCAGGAACACCUGUGAUAAAAGACAUCCCCCCAGGAAAGACAGAUCCUGCCCCUGUAAAGACAGAUCCCUCCCCAGUGAAGACAGAUCCUGCCCCAGUAAAGACAGAUCCCUCCCCAGUGAAGACAGAUCCUGCCCCAGUGAAGACAGAUCCCUCCCCAGUGAAGACAGAUCCUGCCCCAGUGAAGACAGAUCCCUCCCCAGUGAAGACAGAUUCUGCCCCGGUGAAGGCAAAUCCCUCCCCAGUGAAGACAGAUCCCUCCCCAGUGAAGACAGAUCCUGCCCCAGUGAAGAAAGAUCCUGCCCGAGUGAAGACAGAUCCUGCCCCAGUGAAGAUGACUCCUGCCCCAGUGAAGAUGACUCCUGCCCCAGUGAAGACAGAUCCUGCCCUAGUGAAGACAGAUUCUGCCCCAGUGAAGACAGAUCCUGCCCCAGUGAAGAUGACUCCUGCCCCAGUGAAGAUGACUCCUGCCCCAGUGAAGACAGAUCCUGCCCCAGUGAAGACAGAUUCUGCCCCAGUGAAGACAGAUUCUGCCCCAGUGAAGACAGAUCCUGCCCCAGUGAAGAUGACUCCUGCCCCAGUGAAGACAGAUCCUGCCCCAGUGAAGAUGACUCCUGCCCCAGUGAAGACAGAUCCUGCCCCAGUGAAGAUGACUCCUGCCCCAGUGAAGACACAUCCAGAGCCAGUGGAUACCCUGACAGCUCUGGCAGACACACUCAUCACUGUUAAUACUGGUUCAUCCAGGACAUACUGCAACUCUGAACAAUCCACUGCCAAAGUAAAGAUGGACCCUAUCUCAGUGAAGACUCCUGCUGCACCAGUGAAGACAGAUCCUUCUCUAGUAAAGACGGAUCCUUCCCCAGUAAAGACAGAUCCUGCCCCAGUAAAGACAGAUCCUGCCCCAGUAAAGACAGAUUGUACCCCAGUAAAGACAGAUCCUACCCUAGUAAAGACAGAUCCUACCCCAGUAAAGACAAAUCCUGCCCCAGUGAAGACAGAUCCUGCCCCAGUGAAGACAGAUCCCUCCCCAGUGAAGACAGAUCUUGCCCCAGUGAAGACAGAUCCUGCCCCAGUGAAGACAGAUCCCUCCCCAGUGAAGACAGAUCCCUCCCCAGUGAAGACAGAUCUUGCCCCAGUGAAGACAGAUCCUGCCCCAGUGAAGACAGAUCCUGCCCCAGUGAAGAUGACUCCUGCCCCAGUGAAGAUGACUCCUGCCCCAGUGAAGAUAGAUCCUACCCCAGUAAAGACAGAUCCUGCCCCAGUAAAGACAGAUCCUGCCCCAGUAAAGACAGAUCCUGCCCCAGUGAAGACACAUUCCUCCCCAAUGAAGACAGAUCCUGCCCCAGUGAAGACAGAUCCUGCCCCAGUGAAGACAGAUUCCUCCCCAGUGAAGACAGAUCCUGCCCCAGUGAAGACAGAUCCUGCCCCAGUUAAGAUGACUCCUGCCCCAGUGAAGACAGAUCCUGCCCCAGUGAAGAUGACUCCUGCCCCAGUGAAGACAGAUCCUGCCCCAGUGAAGAUGACUCCUGCCCCAGUGAAGACACAUCCAGAGCCAGUGGAUACCCUGACAGCUCUGGCAGACACACUCAUCACUGUUAAUACUGGUUCAUCCAGGACAUACUGCAACUCUGAACAAUCCACUGCCAAAGUAAAGAUGGACCCUAUCUCAGUGAAGACUCCUGCUGCACCAGUUAAGACAGAUCCUUCUCUAGUAAAGACGGAUCCUUCCCCAGUAAAGACAGAUCCUGCCCCAGUAAAGACAGAUCCUGCCCCAGUAAAGACAGAUUCUACCCCAGUAAAGACAGAUCCUACCCUAGUAAAGACAGAUCCUGCCCCAGUGAAGACAGAUCCUGCCCCAGUGAAGACAGAUCCUGCCCCAGUGAAGACAGAUCCCUCCCCAGUGAAGACAGAUCCCUCCCCAGUGAAGACAAAUCCCUCCUCAGUGAAGACAGUUCCUGCCCCAGUGAAGACAGUUCCUGCCCCAGUGAAGACAGAUCUUGCCCCAGUGAAGACAGAUCCUGUCCCAGUGAAGAUAGAUCCUGCUCAAGUAAAGAAAGAUCCUGUCCCAGUGAAGAUGACUCCUGCCCCAGUGAAGACAGAUCCUACCCCAGUAAAGACAGAUCCUACCCCAGUGAAGACAGAUCCUGCCCCAGUAAAGACAGAUCCUGCCCCAGUAAAGACAGAUCCUGCCCUACUACAGACAGAUCCUGCCCCAGUGAAGACACACCCAGAGCCAGUGGAUACCCUGACAGCUCUGGCAGACACACUCAUCAGUUUUGAUACUGGUUCAUCCAGUGUGUCUGAUGAGCCAGAGCGUAAGCCUAAACCAGUUAGCUAUUUAAAUGUGGCUGAUGAUAUCCUCUCCUUCUCUGACUGCUCGACAGAGGUAAUCUACCCUGACAGUCCGAGCCUGAGCACUGACUCCAGUGAGAAUGAAAAUGCACUGGAGGCGCUUGCAGAUGACACUAGCUCCUUCAACAAACACUCAACAAGGAUGAGGUGGCAGAGGACUUGGAACGUCAACACGCUUUCCAGCUUAGACAAAAGCGAUGAAGAAGAGCCGGAGGAGCAGGAGGAGCAGGAGGAGCAGGAGGAGCAGGAGGAGCAGGAGGAUCCACAGGAGCCUUUGUCUACAUUUGAGAAGCCAUCUGAGGGUGAAUCACCAUGGGAUAAAUGGAGUGCGCCCACUCUUCAUAAAGACACGGAGAAGGCGGUUCCAGAACCUUCCAUGGAUCGUCCAACCAGCCCCAAGUCACAAGAUGCUGAGAACAAGAGGGGAUUUGUGUUCCUGAAGGAGUAUGUCAACGCUACAGAUGUAACCAAGCACAACACUCGAGACAACCCAAAUGACUUUGUGACUUCUAGUACUACCAGCCAUUCCUACAGCAGCCCGUCCUCUUACGGCAGGACUAAUGCUACAUCUGCCUGUACGUACUGUGGGGAGCAGGUUGGCAACGACGCCAAAAUAACUAUUGAACACCUCAACAUCUCCUGCCACCCAUCCUGCUUCAAGUGUGGGGUCUGCAGUAAACCAAUGGGAGACCUUCUCCAUAACAUGUUCCUGCACAAAGACAUUGUCCACUGUGAGAACUGCUACUCCAAUAUCUUGUAGGAAGCUGAUUGGAUAGCUAAUCGACAUACUCCCACCCAUCAGUAACCGUCGUCUGGCAACUGAAUGCUCCAAAAGUCAGAUGUUUUUAUUUUUUUUCAUUUGUAUGGAUCCUACUUAAUUCAGUGGUAUAUCUACAUGUAUUCCAUGAUUUGGUAGCGAGAAUAAUAUGAUUUUAUUACUGAUAUUAUUGAAUCCUUUAUCAGUUUGAAUGUCCACUUUUUUAUGUUCCACUUUAUUAUGAAAUAUGAAGAAACAGUAUGUAAAAGCCUAUUAUUAUGUAAAAGAUUCAGCUGUGAACUGAAUUGGCAGUUUGGUAACAUAUUCUUUUUUCAGGCUUAUGUAUUCAAAUUAAAUACACCAUUUUAUUUCAAAAUGUAAUUUUAAACUUUCCUUUGUCUUACAAAAAACAAUAAAUGA